ACUACGACAACAGGCAGCGCGAGGCGUGUUUGGCUCUGCAAGGACACACAGGGCUGUAAUGACAUUAGUGUAAGUUAGCUAGCUUAAUAAAUAGUUUGUAACUUGUUACUAACGUUGCUCUGUCCAUGACUGUUGCUUGACCUGGAGAACAACUGCAUUUAGACUGACUCUGACGGGUUUUGCUUGUAAAAGGUCUUUUUCUUUUUUUUGGUCUCAGGUUUGUCGAGGUAGAGAGCCUGCUGUAGUUGGGAUCAUCCGGUCACAAGGUCCUAAGGUGUCAGUCUGUGUGUCUUUGCUGGUGAUGGUCAGCUGGUAACUGGGCUUGUCCCUGCCCCUGUGGUGAAUGGCUUUGAGCAGAGGCGGCGUCACCUUCUGGGUGGGUUGUGUCCGCAGCCAAGGCAGAAGGCAAGCCAUCAGAAAACAGAGCUGGAAUCUCAGUCAGGCAGUCGACUGGCAAUCCAUCCGUAAGACACGCCCCCUGAGCUGUGCAACAUGGGCCCUGGUGCCCCCCAACAGCUUGAGAUAUCACAACAUUAAGCAGCCAGCGUUGUCCCACCCAUUCCACCAUGCUAGCCAGCCUCAGACAGGAGGUUACUAUGAGGAAGACUGGGAGGACUCGCUCAGCGUGUGUGUGCUGGUGCGACAGAGCGAGUCAGACGGCCUCCACACCCUGCUGGAGUUCCCUCUGUUUGGAGACAUUAAAAAAGGGGAGCUCCUCACUCGGGAGGCUCACAAGUCCUCUGAGUUCUACUUCCCGUUGACCACAGUGGACGGCAGCAGAGAAGAUGACAUCAGCGUUUACAGCUUCAAGAGAGACAGUGUUGAUGCUGUAAAAAGAGAACAUGGUUGUUUCAAAAGCCUGUUUGAAGCAGAGAGGUGUCCUGCACCGUUUAUGUACGGCUCUCAGUUUUAUUGUUUUCAUUGCCCAGGCAAAGAGCCGAUACCUGGCAGUGGGCUAAAAUCUAGGCACGAUACUGGACUUGACAUCAGAUAUGUGGGGCUUCCUUUGCCGCCUCCCAUCUCUCUGUGUAGCCAUGCAGACGGAGCAAAGAAGGACCAUACUGAAGGAUAUAGUGAAGACGAGGAGAAAAUGGCCCUGAUGUAUGAAAGACUGAGAAUUGAGCUUCCAAGUUUUUUUGUGAAGAACCAUGAUUACUCCAUGUACUCAAGAGAUUUGGAAUUCGUCAAUGGCCUCAUCAAUACCAAGACCAGAGGCCGUGUGGUGUACCAGCUCACCCUCUCCCUGUGGCGCCUCCUAUGUCUAUGUUACUACGCCAACGCUCGGCUGGAGGUGCUGAAGCUCACUAAGCACAUGGAGGACGGGACCAUUAAGGCACGCUGGAGGGUCAGGGGCCUCCCCUUAUAUUCUCUUCUGCUGCGCUUCUAUCGCAAAGACAAAUCUCACCUGUACAGGUCAUAUGAUGCAUUCUCUACUUUCUACAUUGGAAAGGAUGGACUCAUUCACUGUCAUAAAGUUGAAAAGGUGAUGCCCGACCAACCCCCUGUCCUGCCCAGACUAACUACUGUCCUGGCUGGGGCUCUGGUGGCCAUGGGAGUGCAGGAGCAUCGGCCUACUCUCAACCUGCUGCCACUCCUUCUGUCCUCACUGCUACAGAGCAAAAACUGACCCCAGGAUGACGAUUAGAGGAACAAUGGACAGAAGACUCAACAGUGUGUCCAAGGUCCAUGUGACUCUUAGCAUUCUCAAUAUAGGAACACAUUAUCGUCUUGCAAGGUUUCCCCUAAAUUAAAUACACUGUCAAGAGAUUACACUGCUUUGCCUUUUUUCCAUUUUAAUUUAGCUGUUAUGUGUAAUAAUGACAAUGGUUAACCUGAAUACUAGAACCAGUUUGUCCAGUACAGGCGUCACAUGGCUGUCAUCCCUACCAGCCAGCAGAAAAACUGCUACAUAAAACCCAGUCCCCCUGGCAUUGGUUGGCAGAUGCAACAAUUUGAAAUUUGUGAAUGUAAAACACAGUUAAACACAUUUUUAAUCUGAAUACCUUUAAAUAGACAAAAAUCCAGCAUCAGAACAUCCUUUGUGAUGACAGAAAUCUAAAAGAUGCAGGUUCUGAAGACAAGACGUGCAACAUUGCAAAAGGCUAUAGUUAGAUGUCUUCUCAAGCUAUUGCAAAACACAAACAAAUCUGGACUUUAAUAUCAACAGUAGUCUGUAUGUUAAAAGAAAAUUUGGGUAUAUUUGUUAACUUAUUGUCAUAAUUGUGUCCAUUCCAACUGUGUCAUACUAACUUGCACUCACCACCUUUGCUAUGGGGUAUAUGGCAUCCAGAUAAAUAAGGUAUAUUCUUGACUCCUAAAGCCUUUCAAAUAAACCUCUAUUCAAACAAAAAUAA